ACACCCGGGUCACUUGUGACCCAGAAAGUUAUAUCCUAUAUAAAGAUGGUUCAAAUUUUUUAUUUUCAUGUUAUAUAUAAUCAAAUAAAAUCGUCAGAAUUUCCACUAAAAGAAUAUCCCAGUGUUGAAAUAUGUAGAUUCGAAUGGACAUAGAAAAAAUGGCUUGUGGUGACAGAUGUCAAAGCAAAAAUUAUGGAAUAGAUUAUUAUGGUGUUUUAUCGUUGAAAAGAGACUGCCAAGAUGUAGACAUCAAAAAAGCAUUUCGUAGAUGGGCCAUCCAAUAUAAUCCUGAAAGACAAAAAGACAAUAGUUUUAACGUGCUUUUCUCUUUAAUUGCUGAAGCUUAUGAAAUACUUUCGGAUCCUUUAAAAAGAACUGUUUAUGACCAAUACGGUGAAAAUGGUUUAAAAAAAGGAGUUCCUGGUCCGGAAAACUACAUUGAGCCUUAUAUAUUUCAUGGUGAACCAUUAAGAACAUACAGAGAAUUCUUUGGAACUACCAGUCCUUAUGCAGAUAUAUUGGACAUUCUUGGCAAGCCUUUGCCACUAUAUAAUGUUGGCGGCAGGAAAGGUGUUAAAAAAAAGGAUGAAUCUGUGAUAAAACCUUUACUUUUAACUUUGUCAGAGAUAUUUUUUGGCAUUAUCAAAAAAAUGAAAAUUAAAAAAUUUGUACUAACGGGAGAAGCCAAACAUACAACGGAGGUUCAAGAAAAGAUCUUAACGAUUCCGAUAAAGCCUGGCUUGCCAUCGGGUACUGAAAUAAUAUUGCCAGAAGCGGGUGAUGAAGGGCCCACAAAAAUACCAGAUUGGCAUGUCGAGAUCGGAGCUCGAGCAUGUAUAUAGCAUAAUCGGUAGUAUUCAGGACCACCAAAAAAUGUAUUACGUUGGUACAACUACUUUGAUUAAAGGUA